CCGCAAUCGUACUUCAAUGUUCUAUCUGAAAUAUAACACAUAUAAUCACACUUACAUGAUAUAUUAAACGUUAUUUAAUAUUGUUUUUUUCGAUAUUCGAGCUUUCCGACCGCACCUGAAUGCAACAUACGUUUCUCAGCCGGUGUUUUUUUAUAUAUAUUUUUACGCCCCUCUGUCGCUGUCGCUGUCGCUGGUUUCCAUGGUUCAGAGACGACAAACACAGUUUUCAGAGAUACCAUGACUCUGACCAGAGGAUCCUUCACCUACGCCAGUGGAGAGGAAUACCACGGCGAAUGGAAAGAAGGUCGGAGGCAUGGAGUCGGUCAGCUUAAGUUUCAUGAUGGGACCUGCUACACCGGCCAAUUUGAGAACGGACUCUUCCAUGGUUCUGGUGUACUGCUCUUCACAGAUGGGUCCAGGUACGAGGGAGAAUUUGCUCAUGGAAAGUUUCAAGGUACAGGAGUCUUCAGUCGAUACGAUGGCAUGAAGUUUGAAGGAGAAUUCAAAGAUGGUCGUGUCGAAGGAUAUGGGCUCCUCACCUUCCCAGACGGAGCUCAUGGUGUCCCACGCAACGAGGGCUUGUUUCAAAACCACAAACUCCAGAAGAGAGAGAAGUGUGCAGGAGUGGUGCAGCGUGCACAAGCUUCAGCCACAAAUGCUCGUGGUCUCACACUUUGACCACCAUGGACCCUGAGGGAGACAGGGUCA